AGACGGUGCCAGGCUGAAAUUGACCAGCAAACCGAACCGAUUUCACAGUGACGCGAACCGAUCUCCUGUCGAUCAAUCCGCGUUUCGGUUGGCGCGUUGCAGGCGCGUUUACUCGUUGCAUCCUGCUUCGACAGGCGGGUCAGUUUGGAUUACAGGACACGACUAUAGUGUAACUUUAUAUGGUUGAUGAUGUCUAGCGAGCCAACAGAGCACGCUGAUGAACAUAGUACACCAUGGUUCUCGACCGACAACGAUCAUAUCUAUUCAGUCGAAGAGGCUGAAACCUAUGAGCUCCUUGGAGAUGGUUCUCUAGCACAGUCUGCUAAGGGUCUCGGUCCACGCCCUUCAUACAAAGAACGGAGCACCAUAGACUGGCUAUUAGAGGAAGGCGCCGAACGAGAACGUUGGAGAGCAUUGCACACCCGGAGAGGACUCAGAGGAGCCCUCGCACCUAUACUUGACAGUGCACGAAUGUGGUUCGUGAUAUUCCUGACAGGUAUAGGUAUUGGCACUGCUGGUGCAUGGCUUGACGUGCUAGUCAAAUGGCUCGGCGACCUGAAGGAAGGGCGAUGUACCUAUGGAUUCUUUUACAAUCAAGUCGCUUGUUGUAGCGGUCUCGACCCGGGCGAGAUAUGUACGGAAUGGCAAUCUUGGUCCCAAUAUCUCCACGUAUCCUCCAUCUUGGGGUCAUCAAUAUUGCAGUCAUUUGUAUACAUUGCUUUGAGUAUUAUGUUUGCAGGGAGUGCUGCCAUCCUGGUGGUAACAUAUGCUCCUUAUGCGUUCCAUACUGGGAUUCCUGAAAUAAAGGCCAUAUUGAAAGGCUAUAUUUUUGAUACCUUCCUGAGCCCAUGGACCCUCCUCAUCAAGGCGCUCGGUCUCGCACUUGCCGUAGCCUCAGGGCUUUCUCUGGGUAAGGAGGGUCCUCUUGUACAUGUUGCAUGUUGCAUGGCCUACUUGUUGGCGAAGGUCUUCCGACUGAAUCAUAGCGAAGUCCAGAAGCGCAAACUAUUAGCUGCUGCUGCCUCAGCAGGUGUUUCAGUCGCCUUUGGAUCUCCCCUUGGGGGCGUGCUCUUUGGCUUAGAAGAACUUGACACAUUCUCCUUCAGCAAUGAGAGUGAAGUCAUGUGGCGUGGUUUCGUCACCUCCGUGAUUGCUGCUAUGUCUCUGCAAUACAUUGACCCCUUUGGCACUUCGAAACUGGUGUUGUUCCAAGUGACUGGGGUCAGUGACACCUGGCGUGCAUUUGAAUUGAUACCUUGGUUCAUGCUAGCUGCUGUGGGGGGCUUACUGGGCUCUCUUCUAAUCAGAUUGAACGCCGCAGCUGCCGUGUACAGACGAAACAGCAUGCUGCAUGAUUGGCCAGUCUUGGAGGUUGUUGGGUUUGCUGCUAUCACUGCAGCGGUCAGCUACCUAGUGGUAUUCCUCAGGGUUCAAUCGUCGGAACUAGUCGCUCAGCUUUUUCAAGAGUGCGAUCCUGCUAAGGGAGACUAUCAUGGUCUCUGCAAUCCAACUGCGCUGUGGGAGAAUGUUUUCCUGCUUAUCCUCACGGCAAUGACGAAGGUCCUUCUGACAGCUUGGACAUUUGGGAUGAUGGUGCCUGCAGGUAUAUUCCUGCCUACCAUCGCGAUUGGGGCCUGUUUGGGGCGUGCGAUGGGACUUUUGACUCAAGGACUUCAACGAGCUCAUCCUGAAGCGUGGAUAUUCUCUGCUUGUCCUCCCGAUCCGACUAUACCAUGCGUAUCGCCCGGAUUCUACGCUGUCAUCGGGGCUUCUGCGAUGUUGGGAGGCGUUACUAGAAUGACCAUCUCUUUGGUCGUCAUUUUGUUUGAGCUUACUGGUGCCCUCUCUCACGUGCUACCAAUCAUGAUCUCUGUUGUGGUAUCCAAAUGGGUCGGCGACGCCUUGGGAAAAGAUGGUAUUUACUCUGUCUGGAUCGCAAUGCGCCAAUAUCCUUGGCUACCACCAGAUGAAUAUCGUGACCAAGGGCAAACUGCAGCUCAAAUCGUUAAACCAGCGGAAAGCUUGGUUGUCAUCCAAGACGAGCAACAAGGCAGUUUUAAGGAUUUAGAUGCAUUUUUGAGGAAACACGGAUACCAUGGUUAUCCAGUUGUGAGAGGCGAAAAGUUGCUUGGAUAUGUCGUCACUGAAAAGGCGAAAGGCUAUAUCGAACCUCUGCUCGCGGAGGAUGCGACAUCAGGUGUGGAACGCCGAUGUACAUUCUCCAAGGAGUUAGCUGCAAGCCAACCCGAAAUAGCCGACUUGUCAGGGCUGCUGGAUGAUACUGUCCUGCAGUUACGGAAAGAAGUACCAUUACAGUUAGUCGUAAAUAUGUUCCAAAAAAUGAACUUGCGUCAUGUCCUCUUCUCUCAAGGAGGAAUGCUCACUGGUUUGGUGACGAAGACUGAUAUUGUGUGGCUUUUAACUCAGCAUUUUCCACAUACCGGUGCUCUUGCUGACGAUUGAUACCUUGUUUUCGUCUCUGGAUGUCGCGGCCUAGACACUCUAUGUUAAUUGUAAUUUAUUAUCUUUGACACCUUCGGUUUUCUACCUGUUCUGCAGCUUCAGCUGACCAGUGGGUUUGGGGUUGACUGGUUGUCGACUCGUCGAUUUAUCUUAUCAGGCUCGUGCACUGACUCACUA